UGUAAACAAUAACGUGGCCACAGCGUGACGUGGAAAAAGGCACAUAGCUUUGAUGUUGUGUUACAAACUCUGUAUUCCUCGUCCACACGUAAACACAAAAAGGAGUUUUAAAAAAUCCCAGUUUUCUGUGAAAACGCCGUUUACGUGGACGAAACAGCUGCGUGUUCAGAAACACCCGCGUAGGUGCGGACGCAGCGUAAAAGAGUUAGUAGUUUAUUUUAUUACUACCUGUAAUUUAUUGCAGAUUACUUGUAUUUGCGAACAUUUUUCUUGUAAAACAAAGGCAGCAGAAAAAGUUUGGGAACCAGUGCUGUAACUAUGAGACAGAUGGCUGACACACGAACCUGUGGGAAGUAACAUGUUUGUAGAAAUGUGAAAAUGUUCAUGCCAUAAUCCCUCCCAUGUUUCCGUGUGGCACUGUGGAGUAAUGCACAAUUCUUCCAAACACGGACAAAAUAUGUAGAGGGAGAUUUGUUACAAGGCGUGUUGUAAUCCCAGAACAGUGAAGAUUACAUAACAGAAGAGCUUCACAGCUCGUCAGGCAGCAAGUGGACACUGAAGAGUGUGUGCGCCUUAUCAGAAGGAAAACUGUUCUCUGCACCUGAGAUAAAGGAUCGUAUAAAAGAAGAGCGAGCGCUCCCUGAGGUCUCUGACUUCUUAGACAUUUGAACCUAGACAGGAGACGUGUGAGAAUGGCAGGAGAGGACAAAAGGAGAGAUGAACGAACUGCUGGAGGAUCAGAAGGAAAGCAAAACAGGAUGGAGCCCGAGGCUGACGACCAGCGAGUGGAGCGAGGUCCAAAGAAGCGUGGCGUGCUGCCCAAACGACUGCUGAUAAUGUCGUCUGUGGCUGUUGUGCUCAUCGUGCUGCUGACUGUCAUCGUUGUACCUGUUGUGCUGCUCACUAAGACGCCAGCUCCGUCUUCUGCCUCGUUCUCUGGUGGAGACAUGCUGGAGUACUUGGUGCAGACGGGGAACAUCAGUGAAGCAGACGGCCUUUUGGCUACGUGGUUUCACCGAGCCAACAGCAAGGAGGACAUGUACAAAGCGCUCAUGGGUGACACCAUGAUCUUGGAAGCCGACGUCACUCUCAUGGGUUAUGGGACCCCUGAUGAAAAGCCAGUGCCGAUCAUGGCACACCCUCCCGACAUAUAUAGUGACAACGCUCUCGACGAAUGGUUAGAUGCUGUACUGGCUUCUGGAAAAGGCAUCAAGUUGGACUUUAAGGCUCUGGAAUCAAUGGGUUUGUCACUGGACCUGCUUAAACAAAAGGAAAGCAACAAGGGAAUAAACAGACCUGUGUGGCUGAAUGCAGACAUCCUCAGAGGCCCCAACGUCCCAAGCUUUGUAGCUCCAGUCAAUGGAAGCAGGUUUUUGGAACUCAUUCAGGACAAGUUUCCAGAUGUGACUUUGUCUCCUGGGUGGAAGGUCUUUGUGUCCACAGUCGAGCGCCUGUUUCCAUACGUCACUGUAGUCCUGGCUGAGCACAGAUGGCCUCCUCGGAUCCCAGCGGCGGUGUCACAGAGGGUGGCUCUACACCUGAAUGCAGCCUCGCUGCCCACGGGGCAGGAGCAGCUUUAUGCUUUACUGGGAAUGAUGGACAAAUACGACUUUAUAAUUGAGGUGGACACAAAGAAAGGUGGUGCAGCUGUCACUGUGGUGAAGGAGCUCCGUGCACAGCGUGCAGGCAGAGCAAGCAGAAGCCUGUAUAUUCUACCUCAGUGAUCACAGAGCAGGUUUAAAUGUGCUUUUAUAGUCACCACAGAGUCUCAGUGUGUAUAUAAAUGCUGCUGCUUUGGGUUGCUGAAGUUAACAUCAUUAUACUGUAUAUAUAUGAUUCAAUGAUUAUUAUAAAAUUCAUAAUAAAUUCUAUUAAAGGAACCAAGUCCAAAACCAGAAUUAGCCUCUUAGCCUGUGUGAGCCUGUCCGAGGUUUGUGAUUCAGCAGCAGCUGAACACAACGCACACGUAUGAAACUCUCUCCUGCUGCAGCUAACAUUUCACAUGCAGCCCGCCUCUCUUACUGACUGCAGCACUGCAUUAUUUGCAUCCAUAAAUGUGUCUUUAAA